AUAAAAAGUCUGGACCCGUGGUUUCCCAUCCCAUCUCAACUCACUGUAUCAUACCGGAGGUUUGAUCAUUGAUUUAGUUCAGGCUGCGAGGGCGAUAAUGGAAGCGACGGAGCAUCGUCGAUUGAUACUACACGAUUUCGUUACCCUGGACGACUGCAAGGAACUGGAAUUCAUUCACAAAAGCUGCAGCACUGUCGGAUACAGACCCAAUGUGCUGUCCACCACUCUCUCCCAUCUUAUCGCCACCAAUUGCCCCAAUCUCAUCCUCCCCUUCGUUCCCAUAAGAGAGAGGCUGAAAGAGAAGGUAGAGGAGUUCUUUGGGUGUGAGUAUGAGCUCUGUAUUGAAUUCACCGGUUUGAUCAGCUGGCUGAAGGGAGCAAGCAUUGGAUGGCAUAGUGAUGAUAACAAGCCUUAUCUCAAGCAAAGGGAUUUCACGGCAGUUUGUUAUUUGAAUACUUACGGGGAAGAUUUCAAAGGUGGACUGUUUCACUUUCAAGACAGGGAACCAGAAACUAUUAUGCCUUCAGCUGGAGAUGUUGCGAUAUACACAGCUGACAGCUGCAAUACUCAUUUGGUGGAUGAGGUAACUGAUGGGGAAAGACUUACACUUACAUUAUGGUUCAGCCGUGAUAGUAACCAUGAUGAGGAUGCUAAACUCAUCUCCCUUCUGUCACAAAGAAUCAUGGAUAAUUCUCUUAAUAUGCCUAAUUUGUGCCUGCCUAUGCCGGCAUCCAUCAACAUGUACUGGUUCUCUCCAAAUCAAGAUUUUGACCACCAAUCAGGAUUUAAUUUAUGUUGUGGCCGAAUGCAUGUACUAGGAUUUGAUAUUUAUGUUUCCCCAGCAAGUAACUGUUUGACAGAUUGCUUGGAUGCAUUGAUGGAGCCCCUGCAAGUAGUGAGGGGAGAAGAGUUGUUCCAGCAGGAAUUUGUCAAUAUUCUGCAUGCACUUCAGGUGCUACAAUUCUACUUUUGGAAAGCCUCUGUAUUUCAAACUUCCAAAGGCAAGGCAGAGACUGGAAAGGUUGUACUGUUAUCGCAAUUGAAACAAGAGGAAAUUAGCCGCCUGAAAUCUCUAUUCAUAAGAGACUGUCAAGUAGCGCAGAGAGUUUUCAAUUAUGAAACCCGAGAAAGUGACGGGCAGCAUCAUUUUGACUGGGCCAUUUUUUCUGCUGCUAUUGCUGCAUGGGAAGCUUAUACCGGUAAGCUUUAUAACGAGUUAGUAACGAGCUUACCAUAUUGGAGAACUAAUCAAUCUAUAUAUACUGUAUCAUUUGAAGAAUCUUGAAGGCGAACUUGUUUCUGAUCUCUCUCAUGAUGUUAAUCAAUCUAUAUAUAUUUUGCUAGAAAACACGGCAUGAUGAGACUUGGAAUAGAUUUGUAGUACAAUUUCAAUUGCAUCUUUUAGUUUAUCUAUUCAUGACC